AGAGACUUUGCUCCCUACCGAUGCCGUGGCUGGACAAAUGCCUCUGUCAACUGCUACAGACCCAAAGUCUACGCUUUAAAGAUAGUGAAGCCGUUCUGUCAAGGUGAAAACAGAGGGGUAGGUAGGAAGCCGCCCCCCUUUCUUUCAAGCACAGAGACCCAGAGAGACGCCCAGGAGCUCCCGAAAAAAACGUUGGUGCUUAGAGUUGCCGGGUCAGAAACAGCUGUGAGACACUGAAAAAUCCCCAUUGUUAUAAUUAUUCGGUAUGUUCCCACUGACUGAGGAAAACAAGCAUGUGGCCCAGUUGUUGCUCAGUACUGGUACUUGUCCAAGAUGUAUCUUCAGAUUCUGUGGUGUGGAUUUUCAUGCACCUUACAAACUUCCAUACAAGGAGUUGCUCAAUGAACUACAGAAAUUUCUGGAAACUGAAAAAGAUGAAUUAAUUUUGGAAGUUAUGAACCCACCUCCCAAGAAAAUUCGACUGCAAGAACUGGCAGAUAGUAUUGAUAAUCUAAGUCAAAAUGGAGAGGGAAGGAUCUCUGUUAGUCAAGAUGGAAGCAUUGCUUCCAAGAACUCAAAUUUAAAUGUAUGUAAUGUAUGCCUAGGAAUUCUUCAAGAGUUCUGUGAGAAAGAUUUCGUUAAAAAGGUGUGCCAAAAGGUUGAGGCCUCUGGGUUUGAAUUCACCAGCUUGGUAUUUUCAGUCUCCUUCCCACCACAACUAUCUGUAAGAGAGCAUGCUGCAUGGUUGCUGGUAAAACAGGAAAUGGGAAAGCAGAGUCUGUCGCUGGGAAGAGAUGAUAUAGUUCAGCUAAAAGAAGCCUACAAAUGGAUAACUCACCCCCUGUUUUCAGAGGAACUGGGUGUUCCCAUUGAUGGAAAGAGCUUGUUUGAAGUGAGUGUGGUCUUUGCUCACCCAGAAACAGUUGAGGAUUGCCACUUCCUAGCUGCGAUAUGCCCAGAUUGUUUUAAGCCAGCCAAAAACAAACAGUCUGUAUUCACUAGAAUGGCAGUUAUGAAAGCCUUGAAUAAGAUAAAAGAAGAGGAUUUCCUUAAGCAGUUUCCUUGUCCUCCAAACUCACCAAAGGCUGUAUGCACUGUUCUUGAAAUUGAAUGUGCUCAUGGUGCUGUUUUUGUGGCUGGAAGGUAUAAUAAAUACUCCAGGAAUCUACCACAAACUCCUUGGAUAAUUGAUGGAGAAAGAAAGCUGGAAUCUUCAGUGGAAGAGUUAAUUUCAGAUCAUCUGUUGGCAGUAUUCAAGGCAGAGAGUUUUAAUUUUUCAUCCUCUGGAAGAGAAGAUGUAGAUGUGAGAACAUUAGGAAAUGGAAGGCCCUUUGCAAUUGAGCUGGUGAAUCCUCAUAGAGUACAUUUCACUUCACAAGAAAUUAAGGAACUUCAGCAGAAAAUUAAUAACUCAUCUAACAAAAUCCAAGUACGUGACUUGCAGCUUGUCACAAGAGAGGCAAUAGGACAUAUGAAAGAAGGUGAAGAAGAAAAGACAAAGACCUACAGUGCCUUAAUAUGGACAGAUAAAGCGAUCCAGAAGACAGACAUUGAAUUCCUAAAUGACAUAAAGGACUUAAAGAUCGACCAGAAAACACCUUUGCGCGUCCUUCACCGAAGGCCCCUGGCCGUGCGAGCUCGCGUCAUUCACUCCAUGGAGACGCAAUAUGUGGAUGAGCACCACUUCCGCCUGCGCUUGAAAACUCAGGCCGGCACCUACAUUAAAGAGUUUGUACAUGGAGACUUCGGGAGAACCAAGCCAAACAUUGGGUCCCUGAUGAAUGUGACCGCAGACAUUCUUGAGCUGGAUGUUGAGUCUGUAGAUGUUGACUGGCCACCUGCUCUGGAUGACUAGCUUUCAAAUUUGGAGACAAAGAGUAGGGUUUUCCUGGCAUGGUGUGGACAUUCAUGGAGCACACGCCGUAAAAUGGCUGUUUACCCACCAUAACGGUGUCUUGGAAACCAUUUGGAUCAUGUUGAUCUAUAUAAUUGUUAAUUUGUUGUAACAUCUCAGGAUCUAUAUAUGUGUAUAUUUUGUGUUAAAUUGUUCCAAGGAUGUCUUAGGAUUUUUUCUCAUUCCCUCUCUCACCCCCACAAACCAAACUAUGAAUAAUGAAAUAAUUCUCCUUAAUUCUUUCAUUUAGAAAGGUACACAAACAGGACACAUUCUCUCUUAAGAAGCUGUAAUUUCAGCAAGAUUUCCCUCCACAAGAGACUUACUACCUUUAAAAUCAUAUUCUAAUUUUUAAAAAUUAUCUGAAUAAAAGUUAUAUCUAGAUUUAUGCAGCAUAAUAUCCUAUAAUAUUCUAAGAUUGCAAAUGCAAAUCUGACAUUAUUGUUUUUCCCAGGAAGCCUCAAACGAGCUAUUACCAAUGAAGUACUUUUGGCUGUGAUUUGUCAUAAAUCUUAACCAAACUAUGAAUAAUGAAAUAAUUCUCAUUAAUACUUUCAUUAAGGAAGAAUUUUGACAAUCUAAAAUUGUCAAUACAUUUUUCCUGUGGAGGGAAAGUAAAACCAUAGGAACCAAGGCAUGCCAUGGUAGGAGCCUUUCAUAAAUCUUUUAAAUAAGGAGAAACAAGUGCCUUUAAUAACUUCAAUCCCAGGGUUAAGAAUUUGAAAAACUGAGAAUGCUAAACAAAGAUAUUAUUUCAGAAUACUUCAAUAUAUUAUCCAAUUAUAAACAUUUUAAUGAUACCUUAUUAAAGUAGAUAGGAUAUUGUCUCCAUUUUAUAAAUAUGGAAACCAAAGACUAGAAGUUAAAUGACUUAUCCAAAAUUGUUAGCUACUUCUAUAUUGAGGACUAGCACUGAAGUUUCUUGGUCUCCAGGGUCUUUCUAAUAAGCCCUAUUAUUGAGCACCUGUUUGUGUGAAGGGGCAGCUAUGGAUGCCAUUUAAACUCACGUAACUGAGAAUUAACUUUUGGAAUGUAGUUACCAAAUCAAAAAGCUUACCAAAAAAUAGCCCAAGACUAUUUAAUGCAAUCUUAUAUAGUUAUCAUUUGUUAUUAAGUUAAAGCUCAGUUGGUAUUACGAAGAGGAAAAACACUAAGCUAAACCUAAAAAAAAUGAAUGGGCCAUUAAAUUUCAGAAAGGAGCCUCAUUACAAUUUCAGAUUUGAGUAUAAUUUCCAUCACCCUAAUUCAACUAUUUGAGCUUUUUUUAAAGAAUACAUGUGACUUGACUAGUAUUACUCACCGUUUCCCAUCUCUGUAUUAAACAUAAAUCACAGAUAUCAAGAUUCACUUUAGAUAUGAGGAAAAUGGUUUUAAUGGACACAAAGGAGUCUGCCACGUUGGAACCAACAUGGUUUCAUACCACAUUGAAACCAUGUGUUUGAUAUAUGAAUAACAGCAAAUAAUUUUUUCACUAUUGUCAAUGCCAAUGCAUUGAAAUGCCCAGAAAAUGAGAAAAGGAUAACAAAUAAACUUUUGAUAAAAAGGUAAGAUUUUCUGUGUGGAUGUUUCUCAGUUUCUGGGACAAUUUUGCUACAAAAGAGACUUAAAUAAUUUAGGAGGCAGUCUUUUGCAUGGUAUUUUUGGCUUAGCUUUGAAUUCAGUGGACCUGUAAUGUGUAAGAAUGAAGAACAUGCUUAGCAAACUGAAAUGAGAAGACUUCUGUUUCUUAAAUUUCUAUUCCUGAGAUUAUACAAAAUUUCAAGCAAAGAGUAAGCAUUAGCUUUAAAUACUUCUUCCAAAUGUUCAUAGAAUUUUGAGACAAAGAUUGUUAAAAAUUAAUGUUUGUCUUUGUUUCAGGCAGAACUGGGAAUAUUAAGUAGUGAGAGUGCUACAGUUUCCCUUUUGCCUACAUAAAAGCAUUUUAAAAUUA